AGCUGGCAACAGUGGUAUGUAACUUUCUUAACUGCACGACGCCUUCGCGAGUUUAUAGAAUUGUUUACAAUUGAUAAAGUACGCGUAAUAAAGUAAUUUAAAUAAAAACAUGUCGACACCUAAUAACGAAGCCGGCAGUGGCAAUUUAAUGGAUGAAUUCGAAGAAGCAUUUCAGGCCUGUCUGCUCUCACUUACCAAACAGGAACCAAAUUCCGGCACCAACAAGGAGGAAAUCGAAUUGGAGGUUCAAAAGACAACAAAUCGUUUUAUCGACGUUGCUCGACAAAUGGAAGCGUUCUUUCUGCAAAAACGGUUUCUAGUUUCAACACUGAAGCCUUACAUGCUUAUUAAGGAUGAAAACCAAGACCUCAGCAUUGAGAUUCAACGGAAGGAGGCGUUGUUGCAAAAGCACUAUAAUCGUUUGGAAGAGUGGAAAGCGUGUUUAUCAGAUAUACAGCAGGGAGUACACAAUCGGCCCACACCACCAAUGCUGGCAGGUCCGUGUCCCUCCGGCAUGCAGCCAAUGGGUGGCCCUGGACCGCGUCCUGGCCUAAUGGGCGGUAUGCCACCAGGAGGAAUGCCACCUGUGGGUCAACUACCAGCAGGACAACAACAUUUAUUGCAGGCCCAGCAAAUGCAACAACUGAGGAUGAUGGGCAAACUGCCGCCCAAGUGACGUCCAGAUAGUAUAUAAUAACCAACUCCUAAGAUUAACAUAUUUUAUAAAUAAACCCUCAAGAUAUCGAAGAUUAAUAUGCGUUAUGGUAUAUUUAAUGAUAAUAAUGAAUAAAACAUCAAGACAGCAAUA